AUGCAUUACAAAAACAACACAGUUGGACAUUUCUUAUCAAGAAAAAAUGGCCAUCAAAAUCAUCUAAAGCUUACCCUUCUCCCUUUCUAUAUCUCUCUGUAGCUCAGUCUCAGACCAACAAUGGCAGGAAUUUCCACAAUAAAGUUAUCUCUAUCUCCUUCCAUUCGUUCAUCAUCUUCUUUAUCUUCGUCUAACCCAUCUUUUAAAGGCCUGAGACACUCCAUUGUACUACCUCGUCGCAACAGAUUCUCUAAGAUUUAUGCUUUGAGCAGUAAUGACAUUAAGGUGGGAAGUAAUCUUGAGGUGGAUGGAGCUCCUUGGAAAGUCUUAGAGUUUCUUCAUGUGAAACCAGGAAAAGGGGCUGCUUUCGUCAGGACUAAAAUGAGAAAUUAUGUGACUGGGAACACAGUUGAAAAGACCUUUCGAGCUGGAGUUUCGAUACCAGAAGCAAAUGUAUCUAAGGAAACAAAACAAUUCACAUACAAAGAUGGCAACCUGUAUGUAUUCAUGGAUUUGACUACAUACGAGGAAUUCCGGCUCAAUGAGAAAGAUGUUGGUGAUAAGACAAAGUGGCUGAAAGAGGGCAUGGACUGCAAUCUGCAGUUCUGGAAUGGAAAACCUAUUGAUCUCGAGUUACCCAUCAUUGUGAAGCUCAAGGUUGUUGAUACUGAACCUGGUAUUAAGGGUGAUACAGCUCAAGGUGGAUCGAAACAAGCAACAGUCGACACUGGAACUAUUGUUAAUGUACCAUUGUUCAUAAAUAUCGGUGAUGAGAUUAUGGUCGAUACAAGAACAGGGCAAUAUUCGAGUCGUGCUAACUAAUUUUUCAAAUACAUGUUCGGCUGUAAUGCAACUCAAUGUUUUAAGAGGUUUUGUUAUCCAUGUCCAUAUUACUUUGAUUCUCUGUUCUGUAAAUCUUAGGUUUCUGUUGUAGUUGCUGAGAAAGGCAAUUGUAUGUCACGGGAAUCAGUUGGGAGAUUUUGUAGAAAUAUUUAAAAUAUUCAUGCAGAUUGGAUCUGAUCACUCAAUUCCACAGCUCGCCUUCUUUUUUGUAUAA